AUGGAAUUUAGUGUGAGCGGGAACGCCCUGAAGACCUUCACUCGCUCUAUCACGUGCCUCGCACGCGUCGGAAACGAGCUCGCCAUCCAAGCUUCGUCUUCUCAGCUUGCUUUGCACACUCUCAAUUCGUCACGGUCUGCCUAUCACUCAAGUACAUUUAAGCCUGAAUUCUUUGAUGUCUAUACUAUAUCUUGUAACCAGGUGCAAUGUAGUGUGCUUUUGAAGGCUGUUUGUUCUGUGCUUAGGACACCUUUAGCAACUAUAGAUCAUUUGAGCAUACGAUUGCCUGAUCCCGAUGCAUCAAAAAUGCAAUGGACUUUAGAAUGCUACAGUGGUAUGAAAAAAUCCUAUUGGAUUAUUUGCAAUGUUGAACCAGACAUACAACAUCUAUCUCUUGAUAGGAGAAGAUUCCCAAGCAGCUUAGUUGUGAGACCUCGAGAUCUAAACAGAUUGCUUGCUAAUUUUCAGUCAUCGCUUCAGGAGAUUACCAUCAUAGCAACAGAACCCACUUCCAUGCCUUCUGAUGUGGCAAGUGAAAUUGGAGGAAAAGCUGUCGAACUUAGAAGUUAUAUUGACCCGACCAAAGACAGCGACUCAUCACUGCAUACUCAACUAUGGAUAGACCCUGCAGAAGAGUUUGUGCAGUAUACUCACACGGGAGACCCCAUAGAUGUGACGUUUGGUGUGAAGGAGUUGAAGGCAUUCCUUUCCUUCUGUGAGGGCUGUGAAGUUGACAUUCACUUGUAUUUUGAGAAAGCCGGAGAGCCUAUUCUAAUGGCACCCAAGUUCGGUCUAGAUGAUGGGUCCACUUCAAAUUUUGAUGCUACACUUGUACUUGCAACCAUGCUAGUGUCGCAGCUCCAUGAAAGCAAUACCUCAGAACCUCCACAAGCAGCUACUGCAAUGCACAUUCAGGAAGAUCAUGGGACAGGGUCAGAACCAGGACGAGAAAGGUGUGGAACAAAUGUUUCGGGGCAUCCAUCUGAUCACACCAGAAUUUGGUCUGAUCUUUCAGGAAGUGGUGCAAGAAGUGGCAGUGGUGCCCAAGCAGGACAGGCUCAAGGGGAAAGAAAUUUGAGUGCUAAUGGACAGAGAGAAAUUCAAAGGAUGAGCACAAUGCAUAUUUCAAAUCCUGCAUGUGCUAGGGAAAAUGAACCUGUGCAGGAGGAUCAUAUGGAAGAACCUCGAGAUAGGUCACAAAUUAACGGUGAUGGCUUUUCACAACGUCAUCCUAGCAACUGGAUAGAUGCAGAUGAGGAUGAUAGUGAUGAGGAUGGAGAGGAGAAUGAACUCUGUAUUCCUUCAACACCACCAUACUAUGAAGAACAUUAG